AGAACUGAUUAACACCAUUAAAUACAGAAAGAGACCAGCCUCUCACUCUGACAGACGGAAGAGUCCUUCAGGGGAACCAGACCCAGAGACUCCCAAACCAGCGAGACGACACCACUGCUCCCUGUGUAAUAUGAGUUUUAAGUGGUCAUGGAAGCUGAAAGAGCAUAAAAUGACACACGUAGGAGAAAAGCCAUUCCAAUGCUCCCAGUGUGGAAAGAGUUUUACUUUGUUAGGGAGCCUGAACAAACAUAAGAGAAUACACACAGGAGAAAAGCCUUAUCACUGCUCCCAAUGUGGAAAUAGUUUUAUGUGGUUAGGGAGCCUGAACAAACAUAAGCGAAUACACUCGGGAGAGAAGCCUUUCCCCUGUUCCCAUUGUGGAAAGAAUUUUAGGUUGUUAGAUACCCUGAAGGAGCACAAGAGGACACACACAGGGGAAAAACCUUACCAUUGCUCCCAGUGUGGAAAUAGUUUUUCCCAGUUAGGGAACCUAAACAAACACAAAAAAAUACACUCUGGAGAGAAACCGUACCCCUGUUCCCAUUGUGGAAAGAAUUUUAGGUUGUUAGAUAAUCUGAAAGAGCAUGAGAGAACACACACAGGGGAGAAACCUUACCAAUGCUCCCAGUGUGGAAAUGAUUUUACCCAGUUAGGGAACCUAAAAAAGCAUGAGAUAAUCCACUCUAGAGAGAAGCCUUACCACUGCUCCCAUUGUGAAAAGAGAUUUACCCAGUUAGGGAGCCUGAACAAACAUAAGAGAAUACACUCUGGAGAGAAGCCUUACCCCUGUUCCCAUUGUGGAAAGAAUUUUAGGUUGUUAGAUAAUCUGAAAGAGCAUGAGAGGACACACACAGGGGAGAAACCUUACCAUUGCGCCCAGUGUGGAAAGGAUUUUACCAAGUUAGGGAACCUAAAAGAGCAUGAGAGGACACACACAGGGGAGAAGUCUUAUCACUGCUCCCAUUGUGGAAAGAGUUUUAUCCAGCUAGGGAACCUGAAUAAACAUAAGAGAAUACACUCUGGAGAGAAGCCUUACCCCUGUUCCCAGUGUGGAAAGAAUUUUACCCAGUUGGGGAACUUAAACAAACAUAAGAGAAUACACUCUGCAGAGAAACCUUAACAUUGUUCCAAGUUAGGGAACCUGAAAAGGCAUGAGAAACAUAAACACAGUUUGGAUAGAGUUUUAGUUCGGGAACCUAAUUGUGGAAAGACAUUUUCCCGGACAGAGAAUCUGAAAUCACAUGAGAGCAUAGACAAGGCUAGUGUUCUGACUUAUGUUUUUGAGUGUUGUUUUUAUCAAAUCCCCCCACCCCCAAAAAAAAAAUAGUCCUACUUUAGUUUUUUCCUCUUGAGACAUGAUUACAAUUACAAUAAAGUUACAAUUUAAAAUGUUUUUUGAUUAUGGAUUUGGAUUGAUUGAAUAGAAAUAUGAACCCUCAGAUGUUAAUGAUAUGAUUUGGAAAGUUGUCAAAUGUAAUUAUUAAAUGGAGGAAUCUAAAACGGAUCCGUAAACUGAUACGCAUUAUCUAAUCCAUUAUCUAAUCCAUUAUCUAAUCCAUUAUCUAAUCCAUUAUCUAAUCCAUUAUCUAAUCCAUUAUCUAAUCCAUUAUCUAAUCCAUUAUCUAAUCCAUUAUCUA